GUGACCCUUAACCAUCAUAUUGCAUACGUUUUCUGAGUACAUGGACAGAAAGCUUCUGCUUCAGACACCCGUUGAACAAACACGAUUGUUACAAGAGGUUCCAAAAGUAAUUGCAGAUGAAAUAGAAGUUCAAUCUGCAUGCAAGGACAUGUCUAGGAAGGAUGAGCAAACUGACUUGCCAAAAUCAGCCCUUAAAGGGACAUCACCACCUCCCAAAAGAAGUUCAGAAGGCAUUAAAGGUUCUUCUUGCUGCCUGGAUGAUGGAGCAAAUGGUGCAGCGGAAAACAAGCAGUUUGGAUCUUUUGAAAAACUUCAACAUCAAUCACGCACUACAACUUGUGAUGGUAAAGAUGGUGGCUUUAUUCAGACAGGGAGUAAGCAGUAUUUUGAAGAGUUGAACAAAAACCGCUCCAGAGUAUCCCAACCCAAAAUAGUCUCGGGACAAACUCCUGGUCCUUUUUCUGAAGGCAUGCCCGGUGCUUUUCUUCCACUAAAGCAAUGUCAACCUGUUAACAGUAUUUCCAGAGAUGAGCAAAAUGAACAGGUAGACAUUGAAUGUCAAAACAAGGAGCAAGGCACUCCAAGAGAUGGAUCUAAUGAGCCAAGCGAACCAAGAUUUAAGUUGAAUGUGUCGAGUGAUAAUGGAGAGCAAGAUCCAAGUGCUGCAGCUAAUCAUACUGAUAAGCUGCAUCAUAAAGGAGCUGCAUUGGAAGUAAAUCAUCAAUUGCACUCUCUUCCUGAUGAUACUCAAGAUGGUGGCACUCUUCGGACGGAGAGGAAUGAAGGUUGUCAAAUAGUGAAUACCAAUACUAGAGCAGUACAUGCUGAAGCCUUUACAGCAAAAGUUAUUGCUUCUAUUUCUCAAGGCCGACCCAAUGCCCUUCCACAAGAGCCGUAUCAGCCUGCUAAUGAUAUAUCUAAGACAAAACAAAAUGCACAGGUAAAUGUUGCACAUGAAAACAAGAAGCAAAGUGCUCCAGCAGCUGAUUUAAUUGUGUUAAGUGAUGAUGAGGAGGAAGAUGCAAGUGCUGCAGCUAGUAAGCAAAAAAUUCAGAACUUAAACUGCUCCAUAUGGAAUUGCAUUAGUCCAAAUGGUAUGAAAACAGGGCCUUGGUCAAUGUUACUGCUCAAGGAAUGGAGUGAUAGUGAUUCCUGUGUAUUAAAAUGGAAGGUUUGGAAGAGCGGUCAGAGCCCAGAAGAAGCAAUUUUUCUAAAUGAUGCCCUCCACCAGGUUUUCAAUAGAAGGAAAUGUUGACGUUUUUCAUUUUUCACUCGGUUACCAGCAUGAAGCUUCCAGGCCAAGAUAAAGUAUUUCUUUCCGAAUUACUAAUUUGCUCACUAUUUUAUGUUCA